AGAAGUAGAUAGUCUCUUAGAAUUACUGUAAUUCCUCGUUUCUUGUACACUUUCCCGCCAUGUUAUCUCUUUCCCUUAAACCCGUAACCCCUUUUACCCACCAAACCCCCAAAUUCCCAACCUCAACAAAAUGCUGCAUAUCUGAAAGGGGUCACUGCUUUGACAUCGGCGACACCUUCUUCCGCCAUGAGAGCGCCACUGGCCGCGACCUCGGUGUGCUCGCAGCUGCCAUUUACAAGAAAUCACACAAUGCCCUCCGUGUGCUCGACGCAAUGUGCGGCUGUGGAAUCAGAUCUUUACGCUAUCUGGCGGAGGCUGAUGCUGAUUUUGUGAUGGCUAAUGAUGCGAAUGAGGAAUAUGGGAGUGUUAUUACGGGUAAUUUGGAGAGGGCGGGUAAGGGGUAUGGAGAAAAUAAGAGAUGGGUUAUUACGCAUUCGGAUGCGAACCGGGUUUUGACAGAGUGUUAUUUGAGGAGGGAUUACUUUGAUUUUAUUGAUAUUGAUUCGUUUGGUAGUGAUUCGAGUUUCUUGAGGUCUGCUUUGGGUGCUGUGAAAUUGGAUGGGCUUUUAUACCUCACUUCCACUGAUGGUUUCUCUUCUGGUGGACACCGGCCUCUACACUCUUUGGCUGCAUAUGGAGCUUAUGUUCGGCCUAUGCCUUACUCGAAUGAGAUUGGUUUAAGAAUGCUUAUUGGUGGAGCUGUAAGGGAGGCUUCUGUUUUGGGUUAUCAUGUUGCACCACUUUUCUCAUACUAUUCGUACCACGGGCCCAUCUUUCGAGCAAUGCUUCGUGUUAGGCGUGGGAAGCAUCCCGAUAACAGGCACUACAGUUUCAUCAGUUACUGCAGUCGAUGUGGAAAUUCUUAUGCAAUUUCAUGGGAUAAACUUAGUGCAAUUGGCUGCUCUUGCAAUGCAAACGUUCCGGGUUCACUCAUUGUUUCUGGGCCUCUCUGGACUGGACCUCUUCACAGUGCACCCUUUCUUACUGAAAUGCUAAAUUUGGCUGAGCAAUGGGGUUGGACGGGCAAUGGCACAGGAAAACAACUCGAAAAGUUGUUAAAUCAGAUGAUGGAUGAAAGUGACCCUAAAUUGCCUUUUGGAUACAUCAAACUAGACGAGGUAUUCAAGACAUUGUAAUAUCAUAUUGUUUUU